AUGAUAUCCUACGAUAUCGAGCCGCAACCUCAUGCCAUUUUGCCAACUCAAUCUGUACCUCGCAACUUAUUGACAGCCAAUACUUUCUUCAAAGAGAUUACAUCUACAUUUCUCUGCCCUACAACAACAUCUGAGCAGUAUCUUUUCUGGAAUUAUUACCACCGACUCGAUACAAUGGACAGCCAUCAGAACACGUCAACAAGAGGGGCCAAGCACAAGACGGCGAUAGAUGAGGAGAUCGUGACACCUCCCAGUAAUAAGUCUAACACAACUGGCCAAGCCUCCGGUCAAGGUAGUUCUGUCAAUGCUGCCAUCACAGGUACCACGCGCUCUGACAGCAGGCGCAAAGUAGGAAAGCGAUCAGGGGUCGAAGACUCUAACCAAGCAACUAAAAAGGCUAGAACAAUCAAAGGUGUUCGAAGAGAGGUCGAUAGAGACUCAGAAGAAUUGGAUUUACCAAUUGCAGGAGUCACCGGCACGAAUUCGUCAUUGCAUUAUACCAAUUACUCGUACAUGUUUCCAGGACAACCCCGACCUCAAGCACAGAGAAAUCCGAGCUUCCAAAUCACCAUACCUUCUGGCGAUCAUAAAGAAUUGGACGGGCGCCAUCCUCCCAUCAUCUUCCCCAAUGCAAAUUGCGGUGCAGCCAUCCGUAGCCCAAGUGCGAUAUGGGAAGCUGCUCGGACUGUGUUAACUCAACAAGCUCGACAAUUGGGAGGUUCUGAUGCAGCUGAAGCUAGUAAGCAGAAAUUAUGGGAUAACAUUGCCGUGUAUCGUGACAAUGUGUGGCUUGGAAAUCUCAACGAUAUACGUUUGGCAUUUCAGUUCAGUUUGAAUGAAUCAUUCUACAAGACCCAGCUGGAUUUCAAGCGUAUACGAACCCGAAAGCUCUCUUCAAAGUCCCAAGAAGCAGGAUUCUAUCUUGUCAAUUCUUCGGGCCUGUAUCUUAAAGUAUCAGACAAUAAGGUCGCAGAACUCAACAAGGAUUUGUUGAUUGAUCUCGGAAAAGACCUCAACGACGAGUUGGCCACUUUGACUAUGGACGGGCACAAGACUGUUAUGGUCGACCUGCGGACUAUGAACACAGAUGGGUUACCUAUCCCUGACGGCUGCCCGAUCGUUAAAGAUGUUCUUGCGAAAGGUCCUCAGGCGUUUCCUACAGAGUUUACCAGAACGCUUGCUGGAUGUUGUGGCUGGACCAAUGGCCACGCGCAUAUGGGAAUUGCCGCUCUUUGCUCAGUCAAAAAAGGCGAUCCAAAGCCAGAGCUGGGAGUAUUCGAAUACCUCUACUGA